UCUUAUGUUAUAUGACAAUGUGAUAAAGUACACCAUAAUGGCUACAAAGACACCUUAUUUAGUUUCUGUUUUUCUGUCUUUGAUUCUUCUACUUUUAUGUGUCACCUCUCAAGUUGGACUCACAGAGGCCAGACGCUCCCAACUCAAAAAGUCGCCGUCUCCCCCUAUGCCUCCCCCUCCACCUCGUUUUUAUGUACCUCCUUCAAAAUCACGCAGAGGAAAAGGGCCAUAAAGAAAAUCCAUAUCAAUAAAAAUUGUAUUUGUGGUAAUUUAUCUUGCAAAACUACAAAAUCAGUUGAUCUGUUUGAUGAUUAUGUUUUAUAUUAUUUGAGCGUUUUGUUAUUGUAAUCUCUUAAUAUUAUCAUAUUACUCAUAAUAAAUUAAACUUAA